CUGGGUUAUCAGAGACGUCAAGUGCACAAGUGACCACGGUUUGUGUUGCCACGGCAAGAAGGAGACAUGGUCAGCCGAUUUGAACACCCAGCUGGUGGCUACAAGAAGAUUUUUGAGACAUGUGAGGAGCUGGCUGAGCCUCUUCCAACAACAGUCACAGGUAGGAUUCCUUCAUUUCUGAAGGGAAGCCUUCUACGCUUGGGACCCGGACUGUUUGAAGUUGGAGAGGAGCCUUUCUAUCACCUCUUUGACGGCCAGGCCAUCAUUCACAAGUUUGACUUCAAGAAUGGCCAGGUCACCUACUUCCGAAAGUUUCUCAGGACAGAUGCGUAUGUGCGAGCCAUCACCGAGAAGCGUGUGGUGAUCACCGAGUUUGGGACAUGUGCUUAUCCUGAUCCCUGCAAGAAUAUUUUUGCCAGGUUUUUCUCUUACUUCAAAGGUGUCGAGGUCACAGACAACUGCCUGGUAAAUGUCUAUCCUAUCGGUGAGGACUAUUAUGCUGUAACAGAAACCAACUACCUCACAAAGGUCAAUCCUGAGACCUUAGAGACGCUAAAGAAGGUGGACAUGUGCGAUUAUGUCAACAUUAAUGGAGUGACAGCCCACCCUCACAUUGAGAAAGAUGGAACUGUGUACAAUAUUGGAAACUGCAUGGGGAAAGGAGCAGCGCUGGCCUACAACAUAGUCAAGAUCCCACCCACACAGAAAGAUAAAUCUGAUCCCAUUGAGAAGUCCAAGGUGGUGGUGCAGUUCCCCAGUGCUGAAAGGUUCAAGCCCUCGUAUGUGCACAGCUUCGGCAUGACAGAAAACUACUUUGUUUUUGUGGAGACUCCGGUGAAAAUCAACCUGCUAAAAUUCCUGAGUUCCUGGAGCAUCCGUGGCUCCAACUACAUGGACUGCUUCGAGUCCAACGAGAACCAAGGAACCUUGUACCACAUUGCCAAGAAAGACCCAGGAGAGUACAUUGAUAUAAAGUUCAAAGGAGCGGCCAUUGGCUUGUUCCAUCACAUCAACGCCUAUGAAGACCAGGGAUACAUAGUCUUUGACCUCUGUGCAUGGAAAGGAUUUGAGUUUGUCUAUAACUACCUGUGGCUGGCCAACCUGAGAGCCAACUGGGACGAGGUGAAGAAGGCGGCCAUGAUGGCGCCCCAGCCGGAGGUCCGCAGAUACGUCAUCCCUCUGGACAUCCACAAGGAGGAGCAGGGGAAGAACCUGAUCAGUCUUCCGUACACCACAGCUACAGCCACCAUGCAUGCCGAUGGAACCAUCUGGCUGGAGCCAGAGGUACUGUUCUCGGGGCCUCGUCAAGCCUUUGAGUUCCCUCAGAUCAACUACAAGAUGAAUGGGGGAAAGAAUUACACAUACGCCUACGCCCUGGGACUCAACCACUUCAUACCAGACAGGAUCUGCAAAUUGAAUGUGAAGACCAAGGAGACCUGGGUCUGGCAGGAACCCGACUCCUACCCCUCGGAGCCACUGUUUGUUCAGAACCCCGAAGGGGUCGACGAGGAUGAUGGGAUUUUGUUGACCAUUGUGGCCUCUCCCGGCUCCCAGAGACCAGCAUACCUGCUCAUCCUCAAUGCCAAGGAUCUGUCUGAGGUCGCCCGGGCGGAAGUGGAGUGUGACAUCCCCGUCACAUUUCAUGGAAUGUACAAACCCUAAUGACUCAGGAAUUCAGCGACCAGCUGCCAUUCAGUGUUAGAAAAAUGAUCAGCGAAGCCAUGUUGUAUCAUUGGGCCAGACAAAGAAGGCUUUCUCUCAUAUCCAGUCAACGUCGCUAGAGAAGUGAAGCUGUUAAGAUAAGAAAUGUGCUUUUUGUGUGAGUGUUGAUGCUAAAAAUGUCAGUAUUGGAUUAAAAUGAGCGUGUAUUUGGUUUGUUCACAUGACUAUUUAAUAGAGAAAUAAAGUUCCCAGUGUCAAUACAGUG